AAAUAUUACUAAUAAUCUUAUGGACAUAUUUCUUGAUUCCCCUUUAGAAAAAUCAUAGACACAAUAAUUUUUUAUCUUUAAUAUAUAAUUUACGCAUAUUAGAUUUCUUGCUUCAAUCGGAAUAUAUUGCUUUUGUUAUCCGACUCAGAAGAAAAAAACUUCCGAUAAUGACCAUCUACAAUGGCUUUGUUUAACGAGAAACAUAAACAUAACAUCGGUUACGUGGUAUUUCAGUUACUCGCUAGUAGUCUCUAGUAAAUUACAAAUAGAGAUAACCCUACUAUUGUAGAAAAUAUUUAGACAAAGUUGCCAAAUGCGAUAUACUUUAGUAAUCGACAAGUAAUAUGUCUUUUUAAUCCAACUCGCUGAAUGUAUCUAGUUUUCCUACUUAAAAGGUUAAUGUUUGAAACACAAUAUCGCAAGCACCAUGAUUACAAGAUCGUGAAUAACGAAAGUAAAUACGAAAUUUGAGAGUGACCACAGAUUGAUAAAUAAUUUUGACAUUUAAUCAAUAAAUUUGUUAAAUAACUAUUGUUCGUGACUUCGGCUACGUUAUUGUACAGUUAAAUACGCGGCGCUAGAAUUUACCCUAUUAUCAUACAAGAUAUUCUUCAUGCUAGAGGGAGCCACAGGCCUACUCCAGUUCACAAUACAUACAGUUCACAUAAUAUACAUAAUAAAGAUAUACGCUGCGAAGAAUUUUAUGACCAUAUUCGCGUUGCGUCAGCAAGUGCAAUGUUCAUCUAUUUUCGGUUAUUUCACAGCGACGUGUAUCAUUUCAACAAUCAGUGAUCUUUUAAUUUGGAAAAUGGCCGAAUCGGAACAAAGAAAUAAAGAGAACUGUAUCGUAGGACCGAAGGAAACAAUGGUGAAGCAAGAAAAGCGUGAGAACACGUUGACGAAUGGCGGGAAGGGAUCUGGCGAUGACGCGGAUAGUCUCGAAGAAUUGCCUCUUGAUAUAGGCGAACACUACCUGGUUCGAAGAUCCGAUAACUCCUGGCGUAAAUAUAUUAUCAGACGAUUAUAAUUUUUUUAUCUAUUAUUACGUAUGAAGAAACAUCUAGUGUUAACGGAUGAUUAUCUGCGCGCUUUCUUCGCCGUUUCGUAUUUGUAUCCAGCAGAGAUUAUACAAACCAGAUAUAAUGAGAGUGAAAGUCAUUAUGAAUAUUAUGUACAUUAUGAAGGACACAAUAGGAGAUUGGAUGAAUGGGUGCCCAGAGACAGAAUUAUGUCAAGCAGGUUUGACAUGAGUGAUAGAACUUGGAAAAGUGGAGAUAGAAACUCUAGUACUGACUUGCUAGCAGAUUCUUCAGAUCGUAAAAUUACAAGAAAUCAGAAAAGGAGACAUGAUGAAAUUAAUCAUAUUCAAAAGACAUAUGCUGAAAUGGAUCCUACAACUGCCGCUUUAGAAAAGGAACACGAAGCAAUAACAAAAGUCAAAUACAUUGACAAAAUUCAAAUCGGAAAAUAUGAAAUUGAUACAUGGUACUUUAGUCCAUAUCCAGAAGAGUAUGGCAAGCAACCAAAGCUAUGGAUUUGUGAAUACUGCCUUAAAUACAUGCGCCUUGAAAAGACUUAUAGAUACCAUAUGAGUGAAUGUACACACAGGCAACCAGUUGGCAAAGAAAUAUAUCGUAAAGGCACAUUAAGCAUUUGGGAAGUGGAUGGUAGAGAGCAUAAAAUUUAUUGUCAAAAUUUAUGUUUGCUCGCAAAACUUUUUUUGGAUCACAAAACCCUUUACUUUGAUGUAGAACCAUUUCUUUUUUAUAUCCUGUGUGAAGUUGAUAAACAUGGAGCUCAUUUAGUUGGUUAUUUUUCAAAGGAAAAAGAAUCACCCGAUGGUAAUAAUGUUGCUUGCAUUUUAACUUUACCGCCUUUUCAAAGGCAAGGAUAUGGAAAACUUUUAAUCGCUUUUAGCUACGAAUUAAGCAGAAUAGAACAAACAGUUGGUAGUCCCGAAAAGCCGUUGAGUGACUUAGGAAAAUUAUCAUACAGGAGUUACUGGAGCUGGAUUCUUUUGGAAAUUCUGCGGGAUUUCCGAGGUACUCUUAGUAUUAAAGAUCUGAGUCAGAUGACAAGUAUAUCGCAGACGGAUAUAAUAUCGACAUUGCAAAGUAUGAACAUGGUCAAAUAUUGGAAGGGACAACAUGUAAUCUGCGUAACACCUAAAUUAGUCGAGGAACAUAUUAAAAGCAGCCAGUACAAGAGACCUCGUUUAACAGUGGACAGCAGUGCACUUCGAUGGGGAGCUCCACCACGAAAGAACGUGAAAUCUGGCAAGAAAUAGUAGAAAGAAAAUGGGAAUUCGACGGCUUUCAUUACCGUGAGAUUCACGAUUUAAUGUGUUUAGCAAACACUUGAUAAAACAGCGACAAAACGAUGUUUCCAAGUUUGUUAAACAACUUUUAUACGAUGCAUUACAGUCUCCACUAAUAUGCAUUGUACACGUGCAGGGUUUUUUGAUCGGAAGAUAACGCGAAUGAACACGCUUUAUAGAGCUUCGCUAUUCUUCAGAGCGUAGAAAUGUUGAUAGGUGGUUUAAGAUAAUGUUCUUUAUAUAGUUUUCUGCCUAGCAGUACACUAUGAAAAGAGAAAUGAAGAUAAUAUACUGAUAGUGACUCCAAAUGUCAUGUAUUUAUAAUGGAAAGAUUAUUUAUUUUUGUUCGAGAUUUAUCAAUUCGAAAAUUAACAUUGACGAUACCACGCAGUAUUAGAUUGUAUUAAUGAUUUUUUAUGUAAAUUCAUUAAUAAUAAACUAUGUAUUCGUGAGUAA